AUGCCGUAUGCUAAUCAACCUUCCGUACAUAUAUCUGAACUGACUACUGACUCAAUUAAAUUUCAAAUUGAAGACACUGAUCUUAGUGUUGCGAAUAGUUUACGUAGAGUUUUCAUCGCUGAAACACCGACAUUAGCCAUUGAUUGGGUCCAGCUGGAUUGUAAUUCUACAGUGUUAAGUGACGAGUUUAUAGCGUCCCGUAUUGGUCUUAUACCAUUGACAUCCGAUGAGAUAGUCGAUCGCCUUCAGUACUCCAGAGAUUGCACAUGCUCAGACUUCUGUCACGACUGCAGUGUAGAAUUCAACUUACAUGUCAAAUGUUCAGAAGAGAUGACAAGACACGUAACUACUGCAGAUUUGGUGAGCAAUAAUCCACGCGUAGUGCCAGUUACUUCAAGGAACCAAGAUAGCGAUAUUAAUGAAUAUGGUGAAAAAGAUGAUAUACUUAUUAUUAAAUUGCGUAAAGGACAAGAAUUAAAAAUAAGAGCAUUCGCUAAAAAGGGAUUUGGCAAGGAGCAUGCUAAAUGGAAUCCUACUACAGGUGUAAGCUUUGAAUAUGACCCAGACAACACAAUGCGACACACAUUGUUCCCAAAGCCAGAUGAAUGGCCUAAAAGUGAAUAUUCAGAACUUAAUGAAGAUCAGCACGAAGGACUAUACAACUGGAGAGCAAAACCAAAUAAGUUUUUCUUCAAUGUAGAAAGCUGUGGAUCAUUAAAGCCUGAAAAUAUUGUUCUAAUGGGAGUUGCUGCUCUUAAAAAUAAACUAUCAAACCUCCAAACUCAGUUCACACAAGAAAUGGAUGCACUCGCCAUAAAUUAA